AUGAACCCACUUCUUUUUUUGUGCAUCUUGUGCCUAUCGGUCCACAUCACCUACACUCGCCUACCUCCUGAUCUUAAAGGUGAGAAAGGAGAUCAAGGAGAUCCUGGGUUGCCAGGAGUACCUGGACCACGUGGGAGAACUGGAAUUCCUGGACUUCCUGGACGUCCUGGGGAUAUAGGAACACGUGGGCUUCUUGGGCACCCUGGAGAAACAGUGUGCACUGAAGCUACAGUUGAAUCCAGUUGCCCAGAUGUUGAAAGCUUAAAAAGCAGACUUGCUGAGUUAGAACUGGCCAUAAAUUAUCACUUUGUCCGGAGAGUUGGUCAGAAAUACUUUGUGUCCAACAAGGAGAGAGGCUCUUUCUCCAGGGCUGUCGAAUUCUGCUCCCAACAACACUUAGAGCUGGCUUUGCCCCAGAACGAGGAGGAGAACAACGCAUUGACUCAAGUGUUUGGCGAUGAUUACAAGGCAGCUUGGAUCAGUAUCAACAAUAAAAAGGCAGAGGGGAAAUUUGAGGUGGAUAUGAAAAACCAACGUCUGACUUUUACCAAGUGGGGAGAAGGACAGCCAGACAAAUCCAUCCAAGAUACAGGCUGCACCAUGCUGUCAGAAAACGGCAUCUGGCGGGUUACACCAGAAUGCUCCAUCAACGCUUACAUCAUUUGUCAGUUAUAG